GAGGGACUAAAAAAAGCCUCGCCCUCCCCUGGGCUUUGUGUGAGGAUUAUCAACUGCUCAAGUCAGCUCAUCUCUCUGGCUGGACUCUGGCAUUUUUGAGAGGGUCCCAGCUCUGCGGAAGAGCCCAACAAGACAACAUGCCUCCCAAGAAGCCUGAGCCUAAGAAGGAAGCGGCCAAGGUAGCCUCAGCCCCAGCCCUGGCCUCUGCCCCACCUCCUGAGCUCCACAAGGAACCUGCCUUUGAUCCCAAGAGUAUAAAGAUAGACUUCACUGCUGACCAGAUCGAAGAGUUCAAAGAGGCCUUUUCGUUGUUUGACCGGACCCCGAAGGGAGAGCUGAAGAUCACCUACGGGCAGUGCGGGGACGUGCUGCGGGCCCUGGGCCAGAACCCCACCAACGCCGAGGUGCUGCGUGUCCUGGGCAAGCCCAAGCCGGAAGAGAUGAAUGCCAAGAUGCUGGACUUUGAGACGUUCCUGCCCAUCCUGCAGCACAUCUCCCGCAACAAGGAGCAGGGCACCUACGAGGACUUCGUGGAGGGGCUGCGCGUGUUUGAUAAGGAGAGCAACGGCACGGUCAUGGGCGCUGAGCUUCGCCACGUCCUCGCCACCCUGGGAGAGAAGAUGACUGAGGCUGAAGUGGAGCAGCUGUUAGCAGGGCAGGAGGAUGCCAAUGGCUGCAUCAAUUACGAAGCCUUUGUCAAGCACAUCAUGUCUGGGUGAAGCAGACCCCUCCAGGUGCUUUCUUUCAGGUGCCUGGCCCAUGGCCUUAGCCCAGGUGAGUUAACGAGAGGCCCAGAGUGACUGAGCUGGAGUUGGAGUCCUGGACUCUCCACUGCACCGCAGCCCCGAGGACCUCAUGGGCCCAUAGCCCUCCCCGUAAAUAAACAGCUCCGGCAAGGCUGUGCCGAGUUCCCUGAUUCCAA